UUUGAGUAUCGAGCCUUCAGUCAAAUUCCUACAAUACCGGAAAUACAUACGUGAUUUGUCGUUAGAUGUCAUCACUGUCAUAUAGAGUUGUAUAAUUUUGUGGGUGCUAGUGCUGAACAACAACCAAACAAAAAACAAAAGCAAAGGAAACCCGUCACUUGUUUUAGAUUGAUUCACCGUGAUCCUUUGCAAGCAAGUACAUCUUAGUUUUCAAAAUGGCGGACGCUGGCGAGGAGCCUCGUCAAGUGCCCGUCCCGGGGCCAAUCGGCAAUCUACCCAUGAGUUCUAUCAUCCCCAUGAUAGAGGAAGCACGGAGACAGAGGGGACCAUUCGUACCAUCGGUUGGGCUCCCAAAUACUCUACGCACUCCCCAAGAAAUGAUGGUGGAGAGAGUGAUGGAAAAUUGUGCGUUCAAGUCUGCACUAGCAGGCGUCGCAGGUUAUGGACUGGGUCUUGUAUUUGGAUUAUUCACGGCUGGAAUGGACUCUUCCAUGCCAAACCCAAUGACUGGUGUAGCAGAUCAAUCAGCAAAGGCUAUCCUCCAUGACAUGAAAAGCAGGGCCACUUCUUAUGGCAAGAAUUUUGCUGUUGUUGGACUGAUGUUCUCAGGAACUGAAUGCUUAGUGGAAAGUUACAGAGGCAAAAGUGAUUGGAAAAAUGGAACUCUAUCAGGUGGAAUCACAGGUGGACUUCUGGGACUAAGAGCUGGAGGCAAAGCUGCUCUGUUUGGGGCUGCUGGUUUUGCUGCAUUUUCUACCCUUAUCGAUUACUUUUUGAGGUGAUAUCAGGAACAAGGUUCAGCCAAUGAGGCUGGAAUAAAUAAUGUAGAUGGGAAUGAAAAGAUACAAUGCCAUUAGUGGCAAAGCCUUUUUGCACCAUUGUAUGGUGAUGGACAUUACUGAGAACAUGUGUAUUUUAUCAUGUACAUAGAAUUUUGCCAACAGAAAAAAAAAUGGAAUUUAAUAAG